ACCCGUUUUCCUUGGUUGUCUAUUGAUCCCCAGGCAGUCCCAAGAUGGCCAGUCAGGUGAUCGGGUCGGUGGUUCUCCUCUCCUUACUCUCCUCAGUUUACUGUGGAGAGCUAACUGUGGCGUUCUCCCCACCAACGGUGAGGUUUGGUUCUGGGGGGAUCCUGCGUGCCACUGACCUAGAUGAUGUUUUAGCUGCCUCCCUCGGUUAUACUCCUGCCCAGUCGUCCCCAUGGAAAGGGUUAACCAUCACAUCACCAUUUUCUGCACCUACCGCAGCUGUGGUAGUGGAGAUUCAUGGUGGUGGUGCCAGCAUCAGGCAGGAAGGUUCAACAUAUGGCUUGAAAGAAGACACAUCCAUAGAUGACGUCUUCCACAGACUUAAAAGUGUGUAUGGUUCCAGAGCUCAGAGGCACACGCUCUUUAAACGUAUCAUCAUUACCGACAGGUCAGGGGAUGACCGCAUUCAACACUCCAUUCCUGCAACCAAAGUUCUCAACAGCAGUCUAGAACCAGAUGGAACUUUCCUCAGUGAGAUGUCUGCCCUUUUCCUCACUGCUCAGUUAGCUGAGGAAAUAUCAACAGCCCCACAUGGAGGUCAGGAUGUCAUUUUCCUAGAGGUGGACUCUCUGUCACAGGUGGUGAAGACGUAUGGUCUUGGUUCUCCCCAGGUGGUUGAAGCAUGUGACAUCCUGCGGACCGAGUUGGCAAAAGUGACCGACUACAUGCGUCGUUUAUACAAAGAUCGUGUGUUGGUUGUCUCGGCCACUGUUGACCAGUUAGAAAAAAUCACACGUAGCACUCGCUCCAUCGUACAGCAGUUUGAGGAUUCCGCUCUGAACAUUGCUACUGAGUACUCAUCAAACUACCCUGCAAUCUUUAACAUUAUUCUCUGGCUGAGUAUUAUUCUAUUCCUCGCUGUUCUUGCCACAUCAGUAGCAAUGGCUACAAUGGAUCCUGGUCGUGACUCCAUCAUCUACCGCAUGACAAACCCACGCAUGAAGAAGGACAACUGAGCUUCUUUAAUGCUAGAAUAUCCAUUUCAUGUUCAUUGGUGCGUAUUUUGAGCACAAAAACAAGAUCGCUUGAUGCAAGUGUUUUUCUGAAAGUUAACGGUUCAACUCUUUAAAGGAUAAGUUUUUGGAUGAAAUAUAAUUUCUUUAAUAUCUAAAGGAAAUUUGACUUGAGCCGUCAGUAUUAAGCACAAAAGCAGCUUAUUCAUAUAUGUGGGGUAAAUAAUAGUAAUUUUUUGUUGAGAGGGAGAGGUGAGAGGACACACUUUACACAGAAAAAAUAUUGUAUAAUUAUGAUAACCAUAAUGUGCAGUACAUCAUAUAACUCUGGUAGAUGCAUUGCAAGUUCAUUGAAGAACAGCUUUAUGUAAAGAAACAUUAAAAUCAAUCAUUCUCAACACUGUACCAUUGUGAACAUAUUGGCCCCUUGUAAUGGUCACGUAUUUGUGAAACUUGUUGUCUAGGACAUCAUUUUGAGAGCAACUUUAGUAGAAUAAAUUUAUUUUAUUUGGCCCAUAAUUCCUUAGUGGUAAUGGUAAAUAUUGAGAACAAUAAUGUAUUCAUGUUAAUGGCUUAAUAACAAUGCACAGUUUUGCAGUUAAGAAUAAUUAUCAUGUUAUAUCGUAGCUGUUUUUUGGCUCUUUCAGAUAGAUAUAUUCCCAGUCAUACUAUAUUUAUUCUGUUGAAAAUUUUCAGUAAAUAAUCAUUAAAUGACACAGAGCCUGCAUAUUUUGUCCUUACUUUGUGUCAUGCUGCACUCUUGUUGAAAUAGUCAAUGUGUUUUGUUAUAUUGUACAGUACAGUGGAAUAUUAAACUGAUAAUAUCUGUGACAUUCCAUGGGAACUUUGUAGAUACUGUAUUAUGAUUUAGACAAUUUUGGCGCAGCAUUUCAAAAGUUGUUAGGUAUUCUCUUGUAUAUUUUAAUACUUCUGUAUAUAUUGUGUAAAAGGUGGAUUAAAAUUGUAUUGUACAA